AUGGAUAUGACCGAUCCAUCUAUUCAGACUGCCCUCUCAGGCUUAGCAGAACUUGAGAAGGACUUUGCGGCAGUCGAGCUCGAUGCGAUGCGCCGGAAAGAGUACGCACACAAAGCGCUGUACGAGAAACGGAGCAAACAUUUAGCCAAACUACCUAGCUUCUGGCCAACGGUCUUCAUCGCAGGUCCGCAAGAAAUUCAAGAAACAUACGAGGACAUUGAUGAGCAGGUACUUAACUCGAUCAAGAACUUCACUGUCUCGCGAUAUCAGAUCACAUCAGAGACAGAAGGUGAACCCCGGAGCUUGCGCUUCACGUUCGAGUUCGACACAUCUAAGCAAGAAACCAAGCUUUUCGAGGACACGACUGUGACGAAAGACUUUGAGUUUGUGUCAAGAGACGAUCUGCCAGAGGGUGGUGGCUAUGUUUCAAAACCGGUCAACUUUAAGUGGACAAAGGCUGGCAAGAAGAAGGAACUGAACAAAAUGCUAGAUUUGGCGGAGCAAUUGUAUCAGGCCGAGAGAGCGUUGGUAGAAGAUGGUGAUAUUGAGCAGAAAGAGCGAGAAGGACUGUGGCAGCAUGAGAAGUUGCGAUCAGAACUGGAAAAGGAGGAAGACAAGGCAACCAACGGCGAGGAUCAGAACGCGAGUCGCAGUUUCCUCGAGUGGUUUGGAUAUCGAGGGGUUGUAAUGCCCAAUAAGGAGGGAGAAAAAGCCACAAGUAAGAAAAAAGCCGAAGCAAUAAAUGCGGAAGAGGACGAGGACCAAAACGAGAAUGUCGAAGCUGACGGUCUGCUGGAGGUGGAGAUUUAUCCAGCCGGCGGCGACAUCGCGCAGGUAUUAGCCGAGGACAUGUGGCCGAAUUGCGUGGAUUACUUCAUUCAGGCGCAUACAGACGAUGGCGACGAUGACAUAUCGGAACUCGAAGAUGAUGAGGCAGACGACGAUGCUCCUGAUCUGGUCGAAUUUGCAGGUUUUGACAACACGGACGAUAAUGAUGCUCGACCUAAUAAGAAACAGAGGAGGUCCUAA